GGUGUAGUUGCACACUGCGACGUAAUUCACAGCUGUUAAGGCCGCAUUUCCAGUUCCGUUUGGUUUCCGCCCCGCUUGGAGCUCACAACUUUCCACGGAGAGGUGAAAAUACCAAAAAUGGCCUAUCAAAUGUCCAAGAGCGUCCGCACCUCAUCUUCCUCCCUGCUGAAAGACAACAGCUGGAUCAGAAACGACGAGGGUGACUAUGAAGCUGUUGACCGAGAUCCAAACUUCGGCUCAUCUGUUCUCAGCCACUACAGAUCCACAGACAGCCUAAACGGCCCCGUGGCAGAAAAUAAACAAAUUACCAGAUCAACAUCUGUACAGGCUCUCACCAAGAGAUUCAGCGGGAGUCAGGACGAGCUGCCGAACAGCUCCUACACCACGUCCAGAGUCUCCCACACUCAGAGCUCCCCCACUUACAGGAGAACCGAUGAACCGGAAUCGAGCAGCACAACAACCACAGUGAGCAAGGAUGGCAAAAUCACUGAAACCACCACGUUCACCACCAGCCAGAGUCUCAAAAGUCCCACCAAGACGUUCAGCGAGAGGGUGCAGUCCUUCACCAAAGGCGCUGAGGACAAACUGUACGAUACGCUCAUCCCCAACGCGAUCAGAGAUGAAGACAGCAGGACAAGUCUUUCCAGCAGCGAGGCCGUGACUCUGAGAAGAAGCAUCAGCGGGGCUGAAGACGGGCUGUACGACACCCUGCUGCCGAAGGGCAUCGCCUCCGCCCAGUCCUCCUCUUACAGCUCCUCCAGUGUGACCAAGCGAGAGAUGGUGACGGCGGAGAGCGGCGUCGGUCCGCUGUCUUCGUCAUCCUCCCUGCGCUCCACCAGUUACUCUGAUGAGAUUCCCAGCGCUCGCAUCACCUCCUACACUACCAGCAGCAGCCUGCCCAAUGACAACUACAGCAGCAAGAGCGGCAGUUACUACUACUCGUCUUCCUCCUCCUCGUCCUCCAAGCCCGGCUACGAAUACGGCAGCAUCGGCAGCCCCACCGAGUACAGCUCCGCUACGUACAGGAGCAGCAGCAGCAGGUCCGACAACAUGCUCUCGACUCCCGUGACGUCCGUCAAGAGCGUCUACAACACUUCCGACAGGACCGUCCUCGAGCGGGAGCUGUGCACCUACUGCCACAAGCCCUUCAACGGCGACCCCAAGAUGAUCCUGGAUGACAUGAAGAUCAGCUGCCAUACCUUCUGCUUCAAGUGCGAGGUGUGCAACGGCUCGCUGGGCCACCUGAAAGCGGGCGACUGCAUGUGGGUGUACAACUCCAUGGUGCACUGCGAGAACUGCUUCGACGUGACCAGAGAGAAAUGGCGUCGCUGAGUUUGCGCCGCGACUUCGCAUGGACAAAAGCAAAAAAAGUCAUUCGAUGAAAAGAAAUGUGACGUGGUCACAUGGGUUCUGUUGCAUUUAUAUUUGUGUUAAUUCUGGUGUUUUUGGAUGAUCAGGAAAGAUGGACGCGGACAGUUGGAAUGGAUAUACUUUAGGAUCAAAUUCAAUAUAUUAGCUCUAAAAUUCUUUGAAGGCUUUAAGGGGACUCUUUUUUUUUUUUGGGUAAUGUGAUACCAAUACUGUGAUGUGGAUGGCCGGGGUUGUUUUUCCUGUGUGCAAUAAAAGCAAUCACUGUAUUGACAUCAA